AUGAUCGAGAAUCGCGCAGUAAUAACCGUUCUCUUCAUCGCUCAUCAUGGUCUCGUAGCACAUCGCUCUGUCAAAUUCACGAUGCGCCUCCUCAGCGUCGCCCUCUACCUUGCCCUUCGUUUCUCCUCACUGUACGUCCAGCCUGACAUCACCGCCCUGAACCGCGUCCCUAAUCAUUCUCCGUUUAGCUCUUAUGCAGCUCCGACAUCGUCAGACUCAUCUUCCUCUUCGCUUUCAUCGUCCCCAGCGACCUCUGUUGCACUGGCCCCUCAUACCAGAACACUUACCACCACCUCUCACAGGAGGGCUACUGUCACCCGUAUCCCCCAUUCCCAGCCCACCCGCGCUCACUCCAUACAAAUCCCCCAAAUCCCCCAGCCUCAAAGCCCGAAUAACCCUGCUCUCGCAACCCGCACCCGAGACGUAACCGCCGCAUUUCCUGACCGUACGAGAGGUCCCGGGCGUGGCCCACCCAGAGAUCCGAAUGGUUUCCAACGUCCUCGUCGACAUCGUGGUGGCCAGCGACCUAUCAUCAUCGCGUUCGAGGUUCUUGGAGGCAUCGCCGGAGCUGCUGUACUUUUCUUCAUCGGCCGUUGCCUCUACAACUACAAAAAGACUCCCAAGCGGGAUCGCAUUGCCGAAAUCCUCCAGCGACACCACCUCGAGCGAGAGAUGGAGGAACUUGAACGUAAUCCCCGCGCACUGCGACGAACAUCCAUACAAGAGCCCGCCCCUCCGUACUUCCCUCGCCCUCCCUCCUACAACGAGACACGUAUGGCUCCUGCAGUGAGCUCUGCAACACGCGCGGAAUAUACGCAGGUCGCAACGCAUUCCCCGCCGUCAUCUCCCCCGCCCACGCACACGUCUCUCCCAUCAGUCUCUGCUCCCCCUGCCGUCAAUUCUAUGCCCAUUGUCCCCCAGGGAUAA